UUCUGCUUCAUAUCCAGUACACAUGGGGAAAAGCAUCACUCUGUAUCAUUUCUUUUAUGCAUAUAAUAGUUCAACAAUAUUCCAGUUGUAGAAGAGCUCUUUUAUAACACUUUUUGCAUCUAGUUUGGAGUUGGGGUCUUUUUUUUUUUUGAAUAAUGGCAGCUACUGGAAUGGAUUUGAAAUCAGAACCUUCUGACACUGUGCUGGAAUCCCCAGAACUAGAGCAGAUUCUGGACAUAAUGAGUUACUCAAAGCGUGGACGAAUGGACGAACAGUGUUGCUCUCUAAGUCCUGCUAAAAUGCACACUACACCUGCAGGCUCAAAAGAUGAGAGGUCCUCCCAUACCUUGGUUAAAAAACAGGGACAAUACCUUGACCCGCAUUUAUCAUUGCCUGGAUUUAACUACCAGGAAACUGGAUGCAAUAACCAUCAUGCCUCUGCACCUCAUAUCUCUGUGACUGAGAGUCGUCCAGAUAGAAACAGGAAGCAUCUGUCGGUUCCAGUCAACCAAUUACAGGUUCCUUCUCAACGUGAAUGCUCAAAUUCUAUAAAGUCAGAAUCACUUGAUGAACAACUAAACUUCUUGGAGAUGAUUACCGAUGGCCAGCGUGGACGCAUGGAGGACCAGUGCUGCUCAUUGGAUCCUAGCAAGAGUGCUCCUUGCACACCCAGAUACACAGAGAGAAAGCCUGUUGCAAUUUCAGAUCCUGAAAUGUUCUUCAAUCUGCUGGCUAACACUCAGAGCCAACGGCUUGACGACCAGCGAGUGUCUCUUCCAUCAUUACCAGGAUUACAGAAUGAAAAUGUGAAUUCUACUGCCGAUUCAAGCUACUUGUGUUACAUGGUCUCUAAAGUUCAAGACUCCAGAAUGGAUGACCAAAGGUGUUCAUUACCUCCAAUCCUACCCCCAGAGACACUGUGCUCAUCAGACAAGGAUCAGCGUAAAUCUGGAUUGAGCCCGUCAUGUUCAGACUCCUUCAACUCCCGUUCAAACGUAAAACGACCAAAAAGUAAGGAUGAAACAUGUCAAAAACAGCUCUUGACUCCAGCUGAACAGGAAGAUUUUUUUACCUUAAUUAGUAAUUCCUACCGUGGCCGAAUGGAUGAGCAGCGAUGCGUUUUAAAUGCUACUCCUCAGUCCACACCCAACCAUUUCAGUCAGAGUGAAAACCCCCAAGAUUCUGAUAAUUUCUUCAGCUUGCUGGCGAGCUCUCAGGGUCGACGGCUGGACGACCAGAGAGUGUCGCUUCCUUCAUUACCUGGGAUACAGAAUGGAGGUACCACAUUAACACCAACUGCUGCUGAGAUGGAUGCAAGCUACUUGUGUUACCUGGUUUCCAAAGUCCAGGGCUCAAGGAUGGAUGAACAGAGAUGUUCUGCACCCCACAUCUUCCAGAGUCUGGGCUCCCCUUCAUCACAGUGUGAAGUGUCAAGUGCAUCUGGUAAACCUCUUCAGAGGUCUACCUCCUUAAACCGUGCCAAAACUGAACAGCGUUGGCAGGAAGCUUCUGCCGCUGAACAGGAGCAGUUCCUUAAAAUGAUAAGUCGUGUACAAAGUGGACGCAUGGAAGAGCAACGUUGCUUUUUACAACCCAGCAGAAGCACACCUUCCUCACCUACACACAAUGGGAGUGCUUUAAAUAAUGUACCCAUAGGUGCAGAAGCUGAAGCUGAAGCAUUCUUCAAAAUCAUCACCUCCAGUCAGUCACGACUAGAUGAUCAGUGUGCUGUACUUCCCACCCUGCCAGGGAUAAGUGGAAAUUCUGAAGGAAAAGAAAUAAGUAGACAUACAAAGGCUGAAAUCCCAGUCUCUCCACCACCACAGAUCACAGUGGCUAAAUGUACACCAUCGACUUCAAAGAAGAACUGUUCCAGACCUACGUCACAACCUCAAAUGGCUUGUGGAGAGUCCGGCUCCACCAAGGCCUUACCCAGCUCUGCUUCAUUUGUCCCUGAGAAGUCUAAUUUCCCAGCUAAGGUGACAGUGAGUGUAUCCGUGAGCUUCACACCUCAGGAGGAACAGAAGAAUGCCAAUGAGCCAAUUACAUUUCCAGAGGUCUACCUAACUCUCGGAGCCCCAGGGGACAGCCUUGUGAUCCCUCUGAGUCCAGUAUGUGGCAGACCCCUGUCCUUUGACUUAAACCUUGUUCCAAAAGAAGAUGUUAAGUCUAGGCGUCACUCUCCAAGCCAUUCCAGUCCCAGAAAAAAAAACUCAAUGCCAUCUCCUAACAAAGGUGCAACCAGUAAAGCAUAUCCUGUAACUGCAAGCUCACAUGAACAGGGCAAACUUACCAACCAUAUCAAUCCAGAUGUAGAGCACUUCUCCCUGGCUCAGCAAGAGAAAGAAAUGGCUCAACAAGGACAAAAAGGGAAAGGGGACCCUGGAAAGGGCCGGGAAAAGGCACAGCAAGGAAAGGGAAAGGGGGCUAUAAAAAAAGAUAUGAAGAAUGGUGGCAAUAAAUAAUAAUGUGUUAAGCCACAUUGUAAAUUAUGUAGUGAGAAAAAUUAUGGGAUAUAAAUGUGAAAACAAUCAUGAACAACAAAAUUGUAUUUGUAUUUUUAGAAAUUCUUGUUAGAAAUUAAAUGGAUUCUAUUUUUAUUGGGUAAUUUGAAUGAUACUCCUUUGCUAGCUAAAUAUACAGUACAUACCGUCUAUUAUGUUUUGAGCGUUGCAGGUUUUCCAUUAUAUAAAUGCAGUAUAUACUAUUCUAUUUUUUUCUGUCAAUUAUAAUUGUAAUCUUAAAUUAAACCACUGGUCUGGUAAACUGUGUGAAGGUGUAAACCCCCCCCACCCCCACCCCCCAACAUGAUUAAAAAAAUCCCAAUUAAAAACAAAAAUACCAAAAGUAAAUGAGCAAUAAUUAAUUUUGGUCUGACUGAAAUGGUUAAAUACAGUUAUAUGUAAUUCUUUUUAAAUGAGCCUUUAUUGCCAUAGAAGAGACAAGACAGGAAAGCGGGGGGAGUGACCAGGGGAGGACCUACAGUGCAUGGACAU